GCAGCGUAUGAUACACUGCGUGGUGAGCAGGUGGCGAUCAAGAAGUUGAGCCGCCCAUUCCAGAACGUAACACAUGCCAAACGAGCUUAUCGGGAAUUCAAGUUAAUGAACCUUGUCAAUCAUAAGAAUAUAAUUGGAUUGCUGAAUGCUUUUACGCCUCAGAAAACGCUUGAAGAAUUUUCCGAUUUGUAUAUAGUAAUGGAACUCAUGGAUGCUAAUUUGUGUCAAGUAAUACAAAUGGAUUUGGAUCACGAACGAAUGUCUUAUUUAUUAUAUCAGAUUUUAUGUGGAAUCAGGCAUUUACACGCCGCGGGCAUCAUUCACCGGGAUCUCAAGCCAAGCAAUAUCGUUGUUAAAAGUGAUUGUAGUCUGAAAAUUUUGGAUUUUGGAUUGGCGCGAAAUGCUGGUGAUUCAUUUAUGAUGACACCGUAUGUUGUCACACGUUAUUAUCGUGCACCGGAAGUAAUACUUGGGAUGGGAUACACAGAUAAUGUCGAUAUUUGGUCAAUUGGUUGUAUUUUUGGUGAGCUCAUCCGAGGUCGAGUUCUUUUUCCCGGUACAGAUCAUAUUGAUCAGUGGUCGAAAAUCAUCGAACAGCUCGGAACUCCAGGUCGUGAUUUCAUGCAAAAAUUGCAAGCAACCGUGAGGAGCUAUGUGGAAAAUCGUCCUAGGCAUCCGGGGCUUCCGUUCGAGAUUCUUUUCAGCGACAACAUUUUCCCAAAGCCUGCAAGCAACAGUGCUCUUUGUCCGGCGCAGGCGCGUGAUUUGUUAUCAAAAAUGUUAGUCAUCGAUCCGGAAAAACGGAUAUCAGUGGAUGAAGCACUGAAGCACCCAUAUGUGAAGAUUUGGUUUGAUGAUGCUGAAGUUUACGCUCCACCGCCGCAGCAGAUCGAAUUCGUUUCAGAGUUGAUAUUCAAAGAAAUCAUGCACUACGAGAAAACGCAUGAUGACUUUGGCAUGAAGAAGGCAGUAAAUGGUGCAUCAGCAACAAACGAAACCUCCUCGUCAUCGUUGCCGUCCCAAAGCAUUGAAUACGAUGAUUGCUCGACAACGGGCACUACGCGGGUUACUAAUGGCUUAUGA